CCUACUUCCCGGAUUAUUCUGUUUUUGUGUGUCGGUUGUUUUUCUGAGUUUUUUUUUAUUUUUCUUUUACGUGUUUGGUUGCAAUGUCUGGACGUGGCAAGCAAGGCGGUAAAGCUCGCGCGAAAGCGAAGUCUCGUUCUUCCCGGGCGGGUUUGCAGUUUCCCGUGGGGCGUGUACACCGCUUGCUCCGUAAGGGUAAUUACGCGGAGCGGGUCGGGGCUGGUGCACCUGUGUACUUGGCGGCGGUGCUGGAGUACCUGACAGCUGAGAUUCUGGAGCUGGCGGGUAACGCUGCUCGCGAUAACAAGAAGACGCGCAUCAUCCCGCGCCACCUGCAGUUGGCCAUCCGCAACGACGAGGAGCUCAACAAGCUGCUGGGCCGCGUGACUAUCGCGCAGGGCGGCGUCCUGCCCAACAUCCAGGCUGUGCUGCUGCCCAAGAAGACUGAGAGCCACCAUAAGGCCAAGGGAAAGUAAUUUAAUAAUACGUGUCUGAGCUUCAGAAAACACUUCAAAUACAAAGGCUCUUUUCAGAGCCCCCCCCCACGGUUUCGAAAGAAGAGCUGAGGUCACUCUUAUAUUUUGAAGUUAAAAUGGCAGAAAAUACAAAGCUUCUCACUACAGAGAGAUGCCAGAAACCGAAGUGUCUGCCAAGCCCACCAAUUCUAAGAAAUAAAUGGGAUGGACAGUUUCAGCAUUCCUACAUCACUGACUAAUUCUGCACCUGCAAAUUGUUUCCUAUUAAAAUUUACUCUGGGUUUA